AUGGCCCGCAUAAAAGUCGGCGUAGUUGGCUACGGCUUCGCCGCCAAGUCUUUCCAUCUGCCUUUCAUCGUCGCCAUUCCAGAAUACGAAGUCGUUGCUAUCCUUCAACGAGCAGAGGCACCCGCCGAUCCCGCCUCUGCAGCCAAGGGCUCACACUGUACAGUGGAUUUCCCACAUGUCACGCACUACAGAUAUGCAGAGGACUUUUUCGACAACUCAGAAAUAGAAUUUGUCAUUGUUGCAACGCAUGCAGAUACGCAUGCGACGUUCGCAGAGCAGGCGUUGAGGGCGGGGAAACACGUGAUCGUCGACAAACCCUUUGCGCGGUCCACACUAGAAGCAGACUCAGUGAUAGAAAUCGCCAAGCAGGAAGGACGUGUCGUCACCUGCUUCCAAAACCGAAGAUGGGAUGGAGAUUUCCAAACUGUACGCGAGCUCGUUAAGAAAGACGCUUUUGGUGGUAUCAACGAGGCCGAAAUCCACUACGACUUUGACCGCGCCCCUUGGCUUCAUGCUUUGAAGAAGGAGUAUACGCCGGGUGAUGGGCACAUGUUUGGCUUGGGAACCCACAGCCUCGACCACGCCUAUGUUCUUUUCGGACGUCCCGCCUUAGUCACCGCGUUCUUGCGCACACAACGCGGUGUCGAAAGCGAAGUCGAAGACUCUUUCACAGUGAUACUGCAGUACGAUGGUUCCCGGAAAGGUCUUUUGGUCACAGUGAAGACCAGCGUCGUUUCGCCCAUGGCACAACAGCUCAAAUACUGGAUCCGCGGCACCAAGUCCUCGUACAUCAAGUACCAGGCCCGUAGUACAUGUCCGCAGGAAGAGCAGAUCGCGAAAGGGGCGGAUCCUCUUGAUCACGAUUUUGCCGCCGAACCUCACGUGCUUCGGGGAACCCUUACCUCUUACGAUAAUGUCGACGGCGAGGUGCAAAAGUUCGACGAGGAAAGUAGGAGAUACGUAGGGAACUAUCCAACGGUUAGAGGAUGUUGGAUGGGAAUCUAUCAGAAUGUUGCUGAUCAUCUUAACGGAAAAGCUGAGCUAGCCGUGAAAGCCAAUGAGGUGCGAGAUGUGCUAAGAAUUAUUGAGUUGGCACGGGAGUCGCAUGAGAAGGGGGUUACUGUGGCGUGGAAAUAG